UCAGAAUUACCCAAACUGUUGCGACGCAGCAAAAGAGGCGCAAGGAACUAGCCAUAAUUCUCAGAUCUGCACCAAGACAAUGAGCAACGGCACAGCUAACAAAAUGAAUGGCGCUCUGGAUCACUCAGACCAACCAGACCCCGAUGCCAUUAAGAUGUUUGUCGGGCAGAUCCCACGCUCGUGGUCGGAAAAAGAAUUGAAAGAACUUUUUGAGCCUUACGGAGCUGUUUACCAGAUCAACGUACUCCGAGAUCGGAGUCAGAACCCACCCCAAAGUAAAGGUUGUUGUUUCAUAACGUUUUAUACCAGAAAAGCAGCCCUAGAAGCUCAGAAUGCGCUGCACAAUAUUAAAACUUUACCUGGGAAAAGCACGAAAUAUUUCUCCCUGAAAUUCUCCACUCGGCAUGAAUGUUUCCGGGUGGAAUAA